AUGUUCACCUUUGAUGGUAUGGUUAACUACCCGUGCCACGGAAUCGAAGCCACUACAUCCUAUGAGUACCUAUCGUUAAGCUCAGCAACUCUUUGUGCUUCUACGCUCACUUGCUUAGAGGAUAACAAGUCAGUUGAGGACGAGCCUUAUAUGGUAGGCAACCGCUCGAAAAUCAUGGCAACUCGUCUUCUCCAGUUGUGUGAUCUGUUCGACGAAGAAUGCUUCCAGUCCAACGUGCCAACCAUGAACGGCUUCUCGGAUUUCGCCGGCGUCGUGUUUGAUGUGCAGCUUCUCCCCGAGGAUCAAAAUGAGAUAAUUAUAGGAAAUAUGCGUUCUAAACGACCAUAA